AUGAACGAUGUCGAGUCCGCCAGGGCAAAGCUCGCCGAGCUGCUGCGGCAUCCGGAGGACCUGGACAAGAUCCCCGCCCUCAAAGCCGAGUUCACGCGCAAGAAGAACGCCAUUGACAGCCAGCUGCGCCAUGGCUUGAAGGAGCAGCUCGAAGUGACCCAGGCGGGCAUGAACAGUAUCAUGGAUGGGCAGAGGACGGUCAACCAGAUCAAGGAGGAGAUGAUGAAGAUUGACAAGCUCUGCGCCGAGGCGCAGAACAUGAUACAGGAUUUCCCGCAUAUCAAUCUGGUCGCGCAAACGCAUCGGAACUUCGAGCAGGUGGAGAAGAUGAAGAAGGAUAUCGACGCCUUUCCUCAGCGGCUGGAGAAUCUGGAAUACCUCCUCGCGCAGGACGACGAGGAUCCGGCGAAUCAGCCGAACCUGCUGCAGAUUCAUUUGGGGUUGACGGAGUUGCGGGAUAUCCGAGACCAGGCCAUGGAUCAGAUAAAGAACUCUGAAGAAGGCUCCAUGGAGCUCGUUGAGAACUUGACACUGGACUCCGGUGCUACAGUACAGGAUUACUUCGCCCGCCUGGACGAUAUAAUAGAGUGGUUCGACAAGCACAUUGGGGAAGCAUGCAUAAACCUUAUCGAACUCGUACAGUCAGGGAACGACGGUAUGGUUGUCAGGUUGGCGCUUGUCAUUGAGGAGGAGGAGAAGCAAGACAAGAAAGUAAAAGCGCUACAAGAUGCACAACGCGAAUACAAAGACCUAGCAUCACGGUUCAAAUCGAUUGCAACAGGGCCGAAGGAGCUGCGAGGGUACAAGGAGAAGUUCCUCAAGGCUAUUGAAUACGUAUGCCAGGCGCGUUUUGAGGAAGUCAAGGAAAAGUUCCAUGAGAAUCCGGACAGGCUGGAGAAGAGCUUCAAGUGGUUCUUCAACAACCUGCAUACUGUCAAGGUAGGCAUGCAAACACUCAUGCCGAAAAAGUGGAAGAUCUUCCGCACCUACUGCGACAUAUACCACAAACAGAUGCACGACUGGCUCAUCGCGCAAGUUGAGGAUGAGGGUCUACUGCCGCAACAGAUGCUGGCGAUCAUCAGUUGGGCGGACAAGUACUACGAGAAGAUGCAAAAGCUUGGAGUGCCUGAAGAGGAUCUCACCCCUCAUGUCAUUGACAACCGAUCAAGCGACCUUGUCCGCGAGUACCGCCAGAACAUCGUUAGGGCAGUGGAAGAAUGGAUGGACCGGAUAGGAGUCAACGACAAGAAGCAGUUCCUCGAGCGAGACGAGAGCGCGCUCGAAACGGACGAAAAUGGCGUGUUCCGUACUAAGACCCUUGGCGAUUCCUGGCGAGUCUUGAUGGAGAACCUCACAGUUGCUGCUAGCAGCCAACGAACAGACGUCGUGGAGGGCGUCGUGGACGCAAUGUUCCGUGUCCUCUCGUCUCGCCAACGAAUGUGGCAUUCCCUCCUCGACGCCGAAAUAGCAAAAUACAAUUCAAGCGCCGACCAGGACAAUCUCCAAAGCUUGCAGGAUUGGAUUAUCACCAUCGCCAACGACCAAAUCAAUUGUAUAGCCGACGACGACGAAGACCAUCCCUCGUACCUCGCGGUCUUAGAACGCGCCAUCAUCCCAGAAGUCUCCCCCGCCUACACCAAAAUCAUCGACGCUCAAAUCACAAACUUGCGAGACGAAUACCUGGGCCUCGCCAUAGCAUGCAUCCACGCCUUCGUCUCCCUCAUCUUCCUCACCGACUUCAAACCCAUCCUAGGCGAAUUCUUCACAGCCCACUGGUACAGCCAGAAACGCAUGAGCGCCAUCACAACCACGUACAAAGACUACCUGCAAGAUUAUAUGAAAGUGGUUCAUCCUAGUUUGCAGGAGAUCCUGCUCACAGAGCUCUCCGACGAACUCCUCAUACACUACCUCUCGUCCGUCCGCAACAAAGGCGCCAAGUUCCGUCGCGCAGAUCCCUUCACGGGCAAGAUCAAGGAAGACGUCAUGACGGUCUUUGAUUUCUUCAACUCGUAUACCGAUGCCGACGCGUACAACGAUAUUCGCAAUAAGUGGCGCGCUGUGAAUGAGCUGGUGCGCCUGAUCGAGGCGGAUAAGAGUCAAGUGCCGUUUGUGUAUGAAGAGGUUAAGAUGCAAUAUCCGGAUGUUCAGAUCAGUUGGGUGGAAGCGGUGCUCAGGGCGAGGGAUGACUUUGAGCGGAGUAUGCUGAAUGCGGUGAAGGCGAAGGCGGCGGAAAUCAGCGUGCAGAGUGGAUCUGAGACUAUCUUCAGCAAGGUUAAGUGA